UGUUGAAUCAGUUGUACGAAUCUUCCUUUUUAAUGUGAAAAAAUGGAAUUAUGUCAAGAUGAUCAAGGCAGGAAGACUCAUAUCACGAAUUGGCAUGGGGUUAUGUCGGAGCUUUUUGGAAUGGAUCAGACCAUGACAGUGGAAUCAGCCCAUGACUCGUCUUCAGGCUUUGCUUCGGAUGUACCUAGCUAUACUUAUUCAGGAAUAAAUAUGUCCACUUUUAAAGAAAGUAUUCCAUCGCAUGCCAGUGACUUGCCUUCUGAAAUAAAUUUACGAAAAUUCUCAAAUACAAAUGAUUACCUGUGUGAGACAACAGAACAGAAAUUCAACCGGAACUUUUCUGUUUCUCCAAAGCAGCCAAAUCACUACAACGCUCAUGACUUAAAAAUGCAAUACCGGGUGUCCACCCCGUCACCUCUCUCUUACCAGUCAUCGUCCUCUAUUGGAACUCCACCCUUAUUAUCACAAAAACUCCAGAAAUAUCGUCUCGAGAAUUCGAAUAUGACCGAACAAUCUCUACAUCAUCUUCAGAUUCCAUCACAUCCACAAACCCCUGUCAUUAGCUACAAAAACCCUGCAUACGAAUAUCAACUAGACAAACACAUGGAACAAAUACAGUAUAACAUUAAACGUAUAGAGCUUCAAGAAGAAGGUCACAUUACCAAAGGUAGCAAAUAUCUACAUCACAAACCAUCGUUGUUCGAUCUGAUCACUGAUGACAUCAUCGUUAAAAUUUUUUCUUACCUUUCCUCAGACCAGCUUUGUAGAGCAUCACGUGUAUGUCAACGAUGGCACAGAGUAGGUUGGGAUCCACUGCUAUGGAAACAGAUUGUACUGAAUAGUGAAUAUAUCAAUGUAGACAAAGCCAUUAAAUAUUUAACAAAAAGACUAAGUUACAAUACUCCUACAGUGUGUGUCAUUGUUGAGAAAAUCAACCUCAAUGGAUGUGAAAAACUCACAGACAAAGGGCUACAUGCCAUUGCAAAACGAUGUCCUGAGCUUCGGCAACUAAAGAUGCAAGGAUGCUCAAAUGUGACCAACCACUCUUUGUUCGAAGUUGUGUCAUACUGUGUAAAUCUUGAACAUCUUGAUGUUACAGGAUGCCCGUGUAUAACUUGUAUAAGCCUGACCCCGCAGAUCAUGCAACAAGCUACUGCCCACCAUCUGCGCCAGAUCUAUCUCCGGACACUGGAUAUGACAGACUGUUACGCUCUGGAAGAUGAGGGCCUUAGAGUGAUUGCAAAUCAUUGCAGUCAGCUUCAAUUCCUAUAUCUCAGGAGAUGUGUUAGAAUAGGUGAUAUUGGACUCCAAUAUAUUGCUUAUUAUUGCUCAGAACUCAAGGAGUUGAGUAUUAGUGAUUGUAAAAAAGUGACCGAUUUCGGUGUGUGUGAACUUGCGAAAAUUGGGACCAAUUUACGAUAUCUCAGUGUCGCAAAGUGUGAUAAGAUAUCCGAUGUUGGAAUCAUACAGUUGUGUAAACAAUGUACAAAACUUCGCUACCUGAACUUAAGAGGUUGUGAGGCUGUAUCGGACGACUCUGUGGAUGUUCUUUCCCGACACUGCUCAAAAAUAAAAUCCCUUGAUAUUGGAAAGUGUGACAUCACAGACGAGGGACUUAACGUUCUGGCUCAGAAUUGUCCACAGUUAAAGAAACUCAGCCUCAAAUCAUGUGAUGCCAUAACUGACAUAGGUGUCAAGUUCUUGGCAAAAUCUUGUAGGCUGUUACAGCAGUUUAACAUUCAGGACUGUCAUUUGACAGCAGACGCUUAUAGAACAAUUAAAAAAUAUUGUAAAAGGUGCUUUAUCGAACAUACAAAUCUGGGAUUUUUCUAGUUAUGUUCCCCAGACGAAGUUUGGGAACAUAUUGUUUUUACUCUAUUUCUUCUUCUUCUAUUAAGGUCUUCCGUUUUAGAUUGAUUGAUUGAUUGAUUGUAUGUUGUUUAACGUCCCAUACGAGAAUUUUUCACUCAUAUAGAGACGUCACCAUAUACCGGUGAAGGGCUUCAAAUUUUGACCUUUAAUCGGCACUCAGGGCCAUUGAGCAGUGAGGGAUCUUUAUCGUGCCAACGCCUACCGUGACACGGGGCCUCGGAUUUUAAGGUCUCAUCCGAAGGACCUGCAACUUCCACUUCAAAGUGCUGAGCGCAUGGCGAAGGAACAGUUGCUACCCAUUUUUUAUCGACUUAGGUCAGUCGCGGCCGAGAUUCGAACUCACGGAGCGAGCGCUCUACCGACUGAGCUACCGUGAACGGUCCUUCCAUUUUAGAUAGAAGACCUUAUAGUUAAUGUACUGUUAUUAGGGUCUUCCGUCUUCUGCGGAAGACCCUUCUAUUAUUCUAUUGUUGAUUUUUCACUUUUCUUUUUACUAGAGUUUUCCGAGCUUCCUUCGGAAGACCCUUCUGUUAUUCUACUGUUUCUUAUUAUUAUUUUAUAUAUUUUUUCCCGCCGAUUUUCAGCAGGCGAUUUCUCGGAGACCUUUCGUCCGAUUGCUAUGAAACUUUCAGGGUAGAUACAAUGUGUUAUUGCCUAAAAACGGUUUUUUCAAAUUUUAAAUAUGUAACUCCAUUCAUGAGUUAUUGCCCUUUAAUCGAUAUUUGGAGGGUCUCUUGUCCAGUAGAAAUCUACGUAACGACAUAUGAUAUUUGCAUGAAAAUUGGAGAACUUGUAACUAAUACAUUGUAGAUUUGCAGAACAUUAAAAUUGUAGGCUAAUUUUAUUAAGUUUGAAAGCUAUGUGACGGCAAAUUUUAAGAAUUAUUUUUCCAUGAAAUUUUGCUGCUUUUUGUUUAAUAACUUUUAAACUGAUAAAAAUUUGGUAAGACAUAUAGAAUGAAAGUUGUGUGUAAUUACGAGAGCUUUCAGAUAACAUCAAGAAAAAGGGGCUGGCCCCUAUAUUUAGGGGACAGCAGGUCAUAAAAGUAUUUUUUGGAUAGCUAAAAAUAUUAAAAUAUUAUGAAAAAGUUUGAAUGACAUAAUUUCUAAUAUAUUAAAUCUUGUCAUGUGGUAUAAAGAAAAACAAGCUCCGUGCUAUAUUUUAUUAUAUUUUAUAAAAUAAUUAUUUGAGAAUCGUACAGGAACAAGUUGUCUACAAACCAGCCACGCCUUUUUGGGGCGUCGUAGCACAUGCUUGUACGGUUUAAGAUAGUUGUUGUGUUUUAAAUAAAUUGUUUUGAUUCUA